CUGUAAUAAGUAAAUCGGUGAAAAUAAAUUGGUGGUAGUAACCUCUGCUAGCACGAACUCCGGCCUUCCGGAGGUAGAAAAGUAUUAAAAAAUUGCCAAAGUGUCUCCAAUAAAGUUAUCUGCGAUGGACAGCAACUCGGUGUCGCCUAUGCCCGAACUUGCGCCGAUUGCGGAGUUCGACAAGUCACCACCGUCACCGCCAAACGAAGAAGUGCCAAUGGACGACCUGCCACCUCCUCCCGCUACCAUUUCACAGCCGGAGGGUAACCACAUUAACAAACAACGGAGCCGUUCGUACGACUCAGAUGACGAAGAGAGGGGGGCGUGUGAGUGGUGCGAGUACGCCCUGGUGAUCACUCUAGCAACCAUCCUGCUGAUAGGAGUGUCCGCGCUGACGGUCUUCUGGGUGGUGUAUUACCGAGAGAGCUAUGGCUGGGCUGACGAUAUACCAGAGAAACAAUUCAACCUGCACCCGACUCUCAUGGUCGCUGGCUUCAUCACUUUCAGCGGCUUUUCGGUGUUGCUGUUCCGCAUAUGCCGAUGCUUCAGGAGGAUCUAUGUGAAGUUGCUUCACGCGAUAUUCCACGCCCUAGCGUUCCCUUGUAUCGUGAUAGGCUUUCUGGCAGUCCUCGACUUCCACAAUAAGAAAGGCAUCAACAAUUUCUACUCGCUGCACAGCUGGAUUGGAUUUGUUGCUAUGGGAUUGUUCGGAUUACAGUACGCAGUGGGAUUCUUCAGCUUCCUUCUGCUACUGAUAUGCAGCAAGGGCACGGCGUCGUUCCGCGCGUCGUUGGUGCCCAUUCACGCCGCGUUCGGCGUGCUCACCUUCAUACUUGGCGUUUGCGCGUGUCUCACCGGUCUUACCGAGAAGGCUCUUUUCACUCUUGGGAGCGAGACGUACUCCACGCUGCCGCCAGAGGGCAUUGUUAUCAACGCGAUCGGCAUUUCCGUGGUCGCCGUCGCCAUACUCGUGCUGUACACCGUGCGCGGCACCGGCGGCUACCGCCUGCGCAAAGUCGCCCAACACCCCAGCUAAAUACACCCACUCAACAUACGACUACCCGAUAUCUUCGACUUCUCGUAUAACUGUAUUAUAAUUUAACAGUAUUCCCAUAAGUUAUUAUCUUUCAGUAUUUACCGACCACUUGUGUUCCAUUGAUUUCGGGAUUUGAUGCUUGUUCAUGGUCAAUAAAUUGUGUUAAGCGUUCGCGAAUCGGAAUGAUUUAUGGCUAUUCAAUAUUGUAAUAGAGGAAUUAUGUAAAUAUUUGUUUGGUCGCUUUUCACCGACGACACGAAAUACAUAAUCGAUGGUGAAUAAUCAAUUAUUAGAAAAAUAUAAUUUUAAAUUAUUAAGGUCAAUGUGUUGACUUUAGGUUAAACAAAUUUUUAUCUCAAUGAAAUUAUCUUGCGGUUGUGCGUUGUUCUAUUUAAAAGAGUAUAUACCUCUAUCAUUGUGUAUUAAUUCCAAUUUUAUUUUAUUAUGGACUUUUUAAUUAAUGUAUAAAGCACGUUUUAAAGGCUCGUUAUCGUUAGCAAAACUAAUGACAACAUAAUGUAAUCUGGAGCGCUAUAAGUUCUGUAUUCAUAGAGGUCCCAAUUAUAGCUUCAUUAACAAUAAUAUAAGUAUAAAUUCUUUAAGUAGGUGUAGGUAUUUGCUGGCCGAAUAGGAUUAAAGGGCUGAAUCAACCAAAAAGCAGGCAGAUCUCUGAAGUGAACAAAUAUAGGAAACUACAAUGAUUUCAAUCCCGAGCAAUUUAACAUUAACAAGCAAUUUAGUGGCCAUAUAUUAUUUAGGUACAGAGCUCGGUACCGUUAUUUAUAGGUAACGAAUAAGACGCAUAGAAGUAAUAUAAUUUGUAUAUAAUUUUACCCUAAUGGAUGUAAUGUGCGAGUGUUUGAUAGAUGUAGUUUGUGACGGAUUUGUAGCGUAAAUAUUUAUUGAUCGAUUAAUAAUGAGUAGUAGGACAUUACAAUAUAACUAGUACCGUAUACAUAUUGCAACUAACCAUAUAAAAUCUAUACGAAUAUUUCUGAAAGUUUUUAAAAUUUUUAACGUAUUGCAUGAUUUCAUAAAACUGCUAUAAAAUUAAAGUUUUAUACGAUAUUUGGAUGUAGUUCUACAAUAUUCUCUAAAAGUAAACGUAUAAGUAAAGUGUUCAGGUUGCCAAAUUCGAUGUAUCGUCUGGUAAUACAUAUUUAAUCAUUAAUUAUAAUACGUGUAGAUAUUUAAAUAUAAUUAUAGGAUAAUGCUCAAUGUAUUUAUACGCGGAGUAAACAUUAUUCCUUUGUGUAGACGAUUGAGAGAUUUUUCUAUUAUUUGGAACAUUGUUUGUAUUCAAAUUUUUCUAUAUUGCAUUCCAUUUGUGAGUUCGACACUCAAAAUAUCGUUUAAUGAAAAUAUACAAUCCACACGAAGACUGUAAUCUUAAGUAGAACGUGUAUUAUUAAAUGUUAUGAGUUUUGCUCGAAUGCAGAAUGUUUACAUUUUUUAAAAUAUUUACAAACAAAUAUUUGGAUCCCUUUGUAACAUCGGGGCCAACUUUUGAGACAUUUAGACAUACCUAUUUUGGUUAUUAUUCCAAUUUAACUCUUUGCAAUAAAACCAAACAUGAAAGUACCUGCUUGUUACGUUGAUAAAUAUACAAUAUAAAUAGUUUCGAUAAAUAUUAGCUAAUUAUAAUAGAUUCUUAUGUGAAAUCAACAGUUAUUUGAAAAAUUCUUGAACGUUGCGUGAAAUUUCCACAACUUGGAGUAUAUAAUUUCGUAACAUUUGUUAUGUUGAUUACAGUUGUAUUGGUUAUUAUGAAUUUUAUCACUGUUUUACAA